CCAAAAGCUCAGCAGCUCUUUGACGAUGAAGCGUCGAGGAGGAGGAGGAGCAAUGAUAGUGGCGGUGGUGAUGGCAUGGAUGGCGGUGGUGGGAGUCGGGGAAGGGAAAGCAUUGACGUGCGGGAGCACAUUCUUCUCGGCACUGGUGCAGCUGAUACCUUGCAGGGCGGCGGUGGCACCGUUCAGCCCCAUCCCGCCGAGCGACGCAUGCUGCAAUGCCAUAAGGACGCUGGGACAGCCUUGCCUCUGCGCCCUCGUCAAUGGGCCGCCCAUCUCCGGGGUCGACCGCAACAUGGCCAUGCUUCUCCCGGACAAGUGCUCUGCCAUCUUCGAUCCAUGCGAGAUUAUGAAGAAAUAGGCAGGCGGGAGCUGCUUGCAGAGGGAUGACUCUGAAGUACAAUCGAUGCAGGAGGGAAGGAAUGGAUUGCUUCAUGCAUUGUUAACGAGAAGAUAAUAAUGUAGCUGUGUAUUAACUUUGCAGUAAGUAAUAAGAAAAACAGGUUAAUUCUAGAUAUUACUAAGAUAAUUAACUAAUAAAAAUACAAAAAAAGGCUAUUGUGUUGUCGGCAAAGAUACAGAUUAUCAAGUUUUACAUUACGUGUGUUCAUCAUUAAUAUGAUUGUAAACCAUAACCACAAACCAAAUUGGGAUUCAGAUAUUUGUUUAUUUAUUUAUCAUGUCAGGAACUGGUAGGAAAAAAUCGACUGAAGGCGUAAUUAGAUCACUCUCCUUAGAGUGUUAUUUGCCCCCACUACAAAUUGCUGGUAGGCUCGAGCAAAUCACCCUAGGAGUCCCUUCAAUUUUAAGUCUGGAAGCAGCUAUCUUGCAGCCUUCUGUGUUUAUGAAGUAGAGAAGGAAAACGGGAAGAAGAAGUAAUCUCUCAUCACUAAAAGAAUUAUGACAGUCAUCUAUUUAUAGUUGUAAAAUAAUGGCAUCGGAUGUUA